AUGAAUGUGCAUUCUUUUCGUAAAUUCUCAAGAUUAGAAAUAUAUAGACCUUCGAAAUUUAGUGAGAUAAAAAAAAGACUUUAUUUAAAAAAAAAAUUAUUUAGCGUAAUUAUGAAAAAUGCAAAGAGAGAGUUACAAAAGAAAGAAAAAAGUAAAUGUGGUAAACAUGCCGAAGAAGACGUUUUUUAUAGUACUAUAGCAUCUUAUCCUGAAAACAAGACCCGAAUUUAUAAAAAUAAUAAAUACAACGUAUAUGAAAAUUAUAAUCAUUGGCAAGACGAUGGGGAAAAACCUUCUAUUGAAAGACUUUUUUUUAUAUGCAGUUCCAUGGGGUGUUUAGAAUUACAGUACGUUUUAUCUUCUUUUAUAAAUUACCAAAAAAAUAUACUAAAAGAUGAAGAUAUCUUGACAUUAUAUAAGUUCUUGGACUUAUCCGAAAAAGAUAUGUAUGAUUACCUAUGUGGAAUUGAGUUAAUGCCACAGAAUUUCUUGCAAACUGCAGUCAUACGGUGUUUGCUAAAAUUUAUAAAUGUUAACCAUCCCUCUUUGAAUUAA